AUGUGUAUGGUUAUUUUUGCUCCGAUUUUUGCAGUGUGUGCAUUUGCAACAUGUGGAGGCUACUAUGGUCAUCUCCAGGUUAAAGUGGACUGUGCUGAGCGAAGGCAGAGCAACCACACCAUCAGUAUUGACUUCAGCUAUCCAUUCAGACUGCAGCAGGUGCAUUUCAGAGCCCCGCUGUGUGAAGCCAGGAGACAUGAGGUCUAUUUUCUGGAUGGAGAUAUGUCAGUCUCUGCCCAGUUCUUCGUAAUGGUGGGAGUUUUUGCAUUUCUCUACUCACUCUUGGCAACCGUGGUGUACGUCUUCUACCAGAAUUCAUACCUGAGGAACAACCGCGGUCCUCUUGUGGAUUUUGUGGUGACAGUGGUCUUCUCAUGCUUGUGGUUGGUGAGCACGUGCUGUUGGGCUAAAUCACUGUCCAACAUUAAAAAUGCUACAAACCCGACCCAGGUGUUACUACUGAUCUCGGCCUGUAGGGCUCCUGAAAACAAAUGCACUGUCACACAGGAGCCACGCUGGGCCCGCCUCAACACCUCUGUGGUCUUUGGCUUUGUGAAUCUCAUUCUGUGGGCUGGAAACAUUUGGUUUGUGUUCAAAGAGACAGGCUGGUACAAGAGUGGCCAGAGAUACCCGACCAGGAGCGCCUCUGGGAAACGUGCCAGUGAGAUGAGACAGAGGCUGUACAGCGAGAGCAGCUUUGAGCAGCCGGACGACUUCGCACCACAACCUUUUAGACAAGACAGUUUCAACCAGGCCCGACUGGAGACCUACACUCAGGCCCGAGAGCUGCAGAGGCAGUCCAGUGUACACCAGAGCUCCUUCAGUAUACCGCAAACGCACGUGGGGAAGCCAGCUGUCCAAGAGAGAGACAGUAAGGUCAGGACAAAGGGGCCCGUCAUUUUUGUCAAUGAGAUGUGA